GGUCGGCCUGUUUUCCCCGCCUGCAUGCCAGCUGCGACCGCCGAGGCGGCUACGGUGUUCAGAACUUGAGGUGAUGGGGCUUCCUGAGGAGCGGAGCCAGAGCGGCAGCGGCAGCGGGGUCCGGGAGGAGACUGGAGCCCGGAGCGCGGCGCGGAGUUGGGCUCCGCCGCCCGAGGUCAGCAGUUCCGCGCACGUUCCCUCGCUGCAGCGCUACCGCGAGCUGCACCGGCGCUCCUUGGAGGAGCCGAGAGAAUUUUGGGGAGACAUUGCCAAGGAAUUUUACUGGAAGACCCCAUGUCCUGGUUCAUUCCUCCAGUACAACUUUGAUGUGACUAAAGGGAAAAUCUUCAUUGAGUGGAUGAAAGGAGCAACUACCAACAUCUGCUACAACGUACUGGAUCGAAUUGUCCAUGAGAAAAAACUUGGUGAUAAAGUUGCUUUUUACUGGGAGGGCAAUGAGCCAGAGGAGACCACCAAGAUCACAUACCAUGAACUUCUGGUCCAAGUGUGUCAGUUCAGCAAUGUUCUCCGAAAACAGGGCAUUUGCAAGGGCGACAGAGUGGCCAUCUAUAUGCCCAUGAUUCCGGAGCUCGUGGUGGCCAUGCUGGCGUGUGCCCGCCUUGGGGCUCUGCACUCCAUUGUGUUUGCAGGCUUCUCUUCAGAUUCUCUUUGUGAACGGAUCCUGGAUUCCAGUUGCAGCCUUCUCAUCACUACAGAUGCCUUCUACAGAGGGGAAAAGCUUGUGAACCUGAAGGAGCUGGCUGACGAGGCCCUGGAGAAGUGUCAGGAGAAGGGUUUCCCAGUGAGAUGCUGCAUUGUGGUCAAGCACCUGGGGCGGGCGGAACUGGGCACAGGUGACCCUCCCAGCCAGUCCCCCCCGAUUAAGAGGCCAUGCCCGGAUGUACAGAUCUCCUGGAAUGAGGGGAUUGACUUGUGGUGGCAUGAACUCAUGCAGGAGGCAGGGGAUGAGUGUGAGCCUGAGUGGUGUGAUGCUGAAGACCCACUCUUCAUCCUGUACACCAGUGGCUCCACAGGCAAACCCAAGGGUGUGGUACACACAGUUGGGGGCUACAUGCUCUAUGUGGCCACAACCUUCAAGUAUGUGUUUGACUUCCAUGCGGAGGAUGUGUUCUGGUGCACAGCAGACAUUGGAUGGAUCACUGGCCAUUCCUAUGUCACCUAUGGGCCACUGGCCAACGGUGCCACCAGUGUUUUGUUUGAGGGGAUUCCCACAUACCCGGACGUGAGCCGCCUGUGGAGUAUCGUGGACAAGUACAAGGUGACCAAGUUCUACACAGCACCUACAGCUAUCCGCCUGCUCAUGAAGUUUGGAGAUGAGCCUGUUACCAAGCAUAGCCGGGCAUCCUUACAGGUGCUAGGCACAGUGGGCGAGCCCAUCAACCCCGAGGCCUGGCUCUGGUACCACCGGGUGGUAGGUGCCCAGCGCUGCCCCAUUGUGGACACCUUCUGGCAGACAGAGACAGGUGGCCAUAUGCUGACCCCCCUCCCUGGUGCCACACCUAUGAAACCUGGUUCUGCUACCUUCCCAUUCUUUGGUGUAGCUCCUGCAAUCCUGAAUGAGUCUGGGGAAGAGCUGGAAGGUGAAGCUGAAGGCUAUCUGGUGUUCAAGCAGCCCUGGCCAGGGAUCAUGCGCACGGUCUAUGGGAACCACGAACGCUUUGAGACCACCUACUUUAAGAAGUUUCCCGGGUACUAUGUGACAGGAGAUGGCUGCCGGCGGGACCAGGAUGGCUAUUACUGGAUUACUGGCAGGAUUGAUGACAUGCUGAAUGUAUCUGGACACCUGCUGAGCACGGCAGAGGUGGAGUCAGCACUUGUGGAACACGUGGCUGUCGCAGAGGCAGCCGUGGUUGGCCACCCUCAUCCCGUGAAGGGCGAAUGCCUCUACUGUUUUGUCACCCUGUGCGAUGGCCACACCUUCAGUCCCACCCUCACUGAGGAGCUCAAGAAGCAGAUUAGAGAAAAGAUUGGCCCCAUUGCCACACCGGAUUACAUCCAGAACGCACCUGGCUUGCCUAAAACCCGCUCAGUGCCUGCUGCCUUGGACUGCCUUGAACCUCCAAGAUCUCUAGUGCCUCAUCCUCCACCUCUCAGUGCCACUACCAUGAUGGAUGUGACUGAACUUGGGGAGUCUGCCCGCUACCUCCGCCAGGGCUACCAGGAGCAGGUGAAGGUGCACACUGUCCUGUGGGAUGGGAAGAAGCGGGUCUGGGUACCUGAUGAACAGGAUGCUUACGUGGAGGCUGAGGUCAAGUCCGAGGCUACUGGGAGCAGAGUCAACGUGGAGACCAAAGACCAGAAGUUGCUGACGGUUCGUGAAGCUGAGCUGCAGCCCAUGAACCCGCCCCGCUUCGACUUGCUGGAGGACAUGGCCAUGAUGACGCACCUCAACGAGGCAGCCGUCCUGCACAACCUGCGCCAGCGUUACGCUCGCUGGAUGAUCUAUACAUACUCGGGCCUCUUCUGUGUCACCAUCAACCCCUACAAAUGGCUCCCGAUCUAUACGGCCUCUGUGGUAGCCGCUUACAAGGGAAAGCGCCGCUCGGAGGCCCCGCCCCACAUAUAUGCGGUGGCAGAUAACGCCUACAAUGACAUGCUGCGCAACCGAGAGAACCAGUCCAUGCUGAUCACGGGAGAGUCGGGGGCCGGUAAGACGGUUAACACCAAGCGGGUCAUUCAGUACUUUGCCAUCGUCGCUGCCCUGGGAGACGGGCCGGGCAAGAAGGCCCAGUUUCUGGCCACGAAGACUGGGGGCACCCUUGAGGAUCAAAUCAUCGAGGCUAACCCUGCCAUGGAGGCUUUUGGCAACGCCAAGACCCUGCGGAAUGACAACUCAUCCCGCUUUGGCAAGUUCAUCCGUAUUCACUUUGGUCCCUCUGGGAAGCUGGCAUCUGCGGAUAUUGACAGCUAUCUCCUGGAGAAGUCGCGGGUGAUCUUCCAGCUUCCCGGUGAGCGAGGCUACCAUGUCUACUACCAGAUCCUCUCGGGGAAGAAGCCAGAGCUGCAGGACAUGCUGCUUCUGUCCAUGAACCCGUAUGACUACCACUUCUGCAGCCAGGGCGUCCUCACUGUGGACAACGUGAAUGACGGGGAGGAGCUCAUGGCCACCGAUCAUGCCAUGGACAUCCUGGGCUUCAGCGUGGAUGAGAAGUGUGCUUGCUACAAGAUCGUGGGGGCCCUCCUGCACUUCGGUAACAUGAAAUUCAAGCAGAAGCAGCGGGAGGAACAGGCUGAGGCCGACGGCACUGAGAGUGCCGACAAGGCUGCAUACCUGAUGGGGGUCGGCAGUGGGGACCUCCUCAAAGGCCUUCUGCACCCCCGCGUGCGUGUGGGGAACGAGUACGUGACCAAGGGUCAGAGCGUGGAGCAGGUGGUGUUUGCCGUGGGGGCUCUGGCCAAAGCCACCUACGACCGGCUGUUCCGGUGGCUGGUGUCUCGGAUCAACCAGACGCUGGACACCAAGCUGCCCCGUCAGUUCUUCAUCGGCGUCCUGGACAUCGCUGGGUUUGAGAUCUUUGAGUUUAACAGCUUCGAACAGCUGUGUAUCAACUUCACCAACGAGAAGCUGCAGCAGUUCUUCAACCAGCACAUGUUUGUGCUGGAGCAGGAGGAGUACAAGCGGGAGGGCAUCGACUGGGUCUUCAUUGACUUUGGCCUGGACCUUCAGCCCUGCAUUGACCUCAUCGAGAAGCCGCUGGGCAUCCUGUCCAUCCUGGAGGAGGAGUGCAUGUUCCCCAAGGCCUCAGAUGCCAGCUUCCGGGCCAAGCUCUAUGAUAACCACGCAGGAAAGUCACCCAAUUUCCAGCAGCCUCGGCCUGACAAGAAGCGCAAAUACCAGGCCCACUUUGAGGUGGUCCAUUACGCGGGCGUGGUGCCUUACAGCAUCGUGGGCUGGCUGGAGAAAAACAAGGAUCCCCUGAAUGAGACGGUGGUCCCCAUCUUCCAAAAGUCGCAGAACAAGCUCCUGGCUACUCUCUACGAGAACUACGCUGGCUCCUGCUCUACCGAGCCCCCCAAGUCUGGGGUGAAAGAGAAGCGUAAGAAGGCAGCAUCAUUCCAGACGGUGUCCCAGCUGCACAAGGAGAACCUCAACAAGCUGAUGACCAACCUGCGGGCCACACAGCCCCACUUUGUCCGUUGCAUUGUCCCCAACGAGAACAAGACCCCAGGGGUCAUGGAUGCCUUCUUGGUGCUACAUCAGCUGCGCUGCAAUGGGGUUCUGGAGGGGAUCCGGAUCUGCAGACAAGGAUUCCCCAACAGGCUGCUUUACACUGACUUCCGGCAGCGGUACCGCAUUCUGAACCCCAGCGCCAUCCCAGACGACACCUUCAUGGACAGCAGGAAGGCCACAGAGAAGCUGCUGGGCUCGCUGGACAUCGACCACACCCAGUACCAGUUCGGCCACACCAAGGUGUUCUUCAAGGCUGGGCUGUUAGGCAUCUUGGAGGAACUUCGUGACCAGCGUCUGGCCAAGGUCCUGACGCUGCUGCAGGCGCGGAGCCGGGGCCGCCUCAUGCGCCUUGAGUACCAGCGCCUGCUUGGAGGCAGGGACGCCCUGUUCACCAUCCAGUGGAACCUCCGUGCCUUCAACGCCGUCAAGAAUUGGUCAUGGAUGAAGCUCUUUUUCAAGAUGAAGCCACUGCUACGCUCGGCCCAGGCUGAGGAGGAGCUGGCGGCCCUGCGGGCAGAGCUGCGGGGUCUGCGAGGGGCACUGGCCACUGCCGAGGCCAAGCGCCAGGAGCUGGAGGAGACGCACGUCAGCGUCACCCAGGAGAAGAACGACCUGGCCCUGCAGCUGCAGGCGGAGCAGGAAAACCUGGCGGAUGCCGAGGAGCGCUGCCACUUGCUCAUCAAGUCCAAGGUGCAGCUGGAGGCGAAGGUGAAGGAGCUGAACGAGCGGCUGGAGGAUGAGGAGGAGGUGAAUGCUGACCUGGCUGCCCGCCGGCGCAAGCUGGAGGACGAGUGCACGGAGCUCAAGAAGGACAUCGAUGACCUGGAGCUGACGCUGGCCAAGGCCGAGAAGGAGAAGCAAGCCACGGAGAAUAAGGUGAAGAACCUGACGGAGGAGAUGGCGGCCCUGGAUGAGUCGGUGGCCCGGCUGACCAAGGAGAAGAAGGCCUUGCAGGAGGCCCACCAGCAGGCCCUGGGCGACCUGCAGGCUGAGGAGGACCGUGUGAGCGCCCUAGCCAAGGCCAAGGUCCGGCUGGAGCAGCAGGUGGAAGACCUGGAGUGCUCCCUGGAGCAAGAGAAGAAGCUGCGCAUGGACACGGAGCGGGCCAAACGCAAGCUCGAGGGUGACCUGAAACUGACGCAGGAGUCGGUGACAGACGCCGCCCAGGACAAGCAGCAGCUGGAGGAGAAGCUCAAGAAAAAGGACUCCGAGCUGAGUGAGCUGAACCUGCGGGUGGAGGACGAGCAGCUCCUCGGGGCCCAGCUGCAGAAGAAGAUCAAGGAGCUGCAGGCUCGGGCGGAGGAGCUGGAAGAGGAGCUGGAGGCCGAGCGGGCGGCCCGGGCCCGCGUGGAGAAGCAGCGGGCAGAGGCAGCCCGGGAGCUGGAGGAGCUGAGCGAGCGGCUGGAGGAGGCGGGCGGCGCGUCCGCGGGGCAGCGCGAGGGCUGCCGGAAGCGCGAGGCCGAGCUGGGGCGGCUGCGGCGGGAACUGGAGGAGGCGGCCCUGCGGCAUGAGGCCACCGUGGCGGCCCUGCGGCGCAAGCAGGCGGAGAGCGCGGCCGAGCUAGGUGAGCAGGUGGACAGUCUGCAGCGGGUGCGGCAGAAGCUGGAAAAGGAGAAGAGCGAGCUCCGCAUGGAGGUGGAUGACCUGGGCGCCAGCGUGGAGAGUCUGGCCCGCGGCAAGGCCAGUGCAGAGAAACUGUGCCGGGCCUAUGAGGAUCAGCUGAGUGAGGCCAAGAUCAAGGUGGAGGAGCUACAGCGGCAACUGGCAGAUGCCAGCACCCAGCGUGGGCGGCUACAAACCGAGAGUGGGGAGCUGAGCCGCCUGCUGGAGGAGAAGGAGUCUCUGAUCAGCCAGCUGAGCCGGGGCAAGGCCUUGGCCACCCAGAGCCUGGAGGAACUGCGGCGGCAGCUGGAGGAGGAGAGCAAGGCCAAGAGUGCGCUGGCCCAUGCCGUGCAGGCUCUGCGGCACGACUGCGACCUCCUGCGGGAGCAGCACGAGGAGGAGGCCGAGGCCCAGGCUGAGCUGCAGCGGCUGCUGUCCAAGGCCAACGCCGAGGUGGCCCAGUGGAGGAGCAAGUACGAGGCAGAUGCCAUCCAGAGGACUGAGGAGCUGGAGGAGGCCAAAAAGAAGCUGGCGCUGCGGCUGCAGGAGGCAGAGGAGGGAGUGGAGGCUGCUCACGCCAAGUGCUCAUCGCUGGAGAAGGCCAAGCUGCGCCUGCAGACGGAGUCGGAGGACGUGACUCUGGAGCUGGAGCGGGCGACCUCAGCGGCCGCCGCGCUGGACAAGAAGCAGCGGCACUUGGAGCGGGCGCUGGAAGAGCGGCGGCGGCAGGAGGAGGAGAUGCAGCGGGAGCUGGAGGCGGCCCAGAGAGAGGCCCGUGGCCUGGGCACCGAGCUCUUCCGGCUGCGGCACAGCCAUGAGGAGGCUCUCGAGGCUCUGGAGACACUCAGGCGAGAGAACAAGAACCUGCAGGAGGAGAUCAGCGACCUCACAGACCAGGUCAGCCUCAGCGGGAAGAGCAUCCAGGAGUUGGAGAAAGCCAAGAAGGCGCUGGAAGGGGAGAAGAGCGAGCUCCAGGCCGCGCUGGAGGAGGCCGAGGGCGCCCUGGAGCUGGAGGAGACCAAGACUCUGCGGAUCCAGCUGGAGCUUUCCCAGGUCAAGGCUGAGGUGGACCGGAAACUGGCGGAGAAGGACGAGGAGUGCACUAACCUGAGGCGCAACCACCAGCGGGCCGUGGAGUCCCUGCAGGCCUCCCUGGAUGCAGAGACUCGGGCCCGCAAUGAGGCGCUGCGGCUCAAGAAGAAGAUGGAGGGCGACCUCAACGACCUGGAGCUGCAGCUGGGGCACGCCAGCCGCCAGGCCACGGAGGCACAGGCGGCCACGCGGCUCCUACAGGCCCAACUCAAGGAGGAGCAGGCGGGACGGGAUGAGGAGCAGCGGCUGGCGGCCGAGCUCCGUGAGCAGGCGCAGGCCCUCGAGCGGCGGGCCACCCUGCUGGCCGCGGAGCUGGAAGAGCUGCGGGCCGCCCUGGAGCAGGGUGAGCGCAGCCGGCGGCUGGCAGAACAGGAGCUGCUGGAGGCCACUGAGCGCCUCAAUCUCCUGCACUCACAGAACACAGGCCUCCUGAACCAGAAGAAGAAGCUAGAGGUGGAUUUAGCCCAGCUGAGCGGGGAGGUGGAGGAGGCUGCCCAGGAAAGGCGGGAAGCCGAGGAGAAGGCCAAAAAGGCCGUCACCGACGCGGCUAUGAUGGCAGAGGAGCUGAAAAAGGAGCAGGACACGAGCACACACCUGGAACGGAUGAAGAAGACUCUGGAGCAGACGGUGCGGGAGCUGCAGGCCCGGCUUGAGGAGGCAGAACAAGCUGCCCUCCGUGGUGGGAAGAAGCAGGUGCAGAAGCUGGAGGCCAAGGUGCGGGAGCUGGAGGCCGAGCUCGAUGCAGAGCAGAAGAAGCAUGCUGAGGCCCUCAAGGGGGUGCGGAAACAUGAGCGCCGGGUCAAGGAGCUUGCAUACCAGGCUGAGGAGGACAGGAAGAACCUGGCUCGCAUGCAGGACCUGGUGGACAAGCUGCAGAGCAAGGUCAAGAGCUACAAACGUCAGUUUGAAGAGGCGGAGCUGCAGGCCAACACUAACCUGGCCAAGUAUCGCAAGGCCCAGCACGAGCUGGAUGACGCGGAAGAGCGGGCGGACAUGGCGGAAACCCAGGCCAACAAGCUGCGGGCGCGGACCCGGGACGCCCUGGGCCCCAAGCACAAGGAGUGACACCUGAGCCCUGGGCUCUGAAGAGGGGCACCUGCUGUUCGCCCCACCCCGAUCCUGCCCUCUCUUCACGCCUGCUGGAGCCUCGCCACCCCAAGUCCUGCUGCGUCCUGCAUAAACGCGUCUGCAGCCCCGACCGGGUUCCUUC